CGGCGCUGUAGCCGGCAGAGCGCGCCCCGCUGCCUGGCCGCCCGCUCCGGCCGCACGUGCUCCCACUCCGCUCCGGCUCUGCUGGUCGCGCGCGCGCUCGGUCCCGCGUGGGGCCCCGAGGCGGCCAUGGCGGUGGUUGCGGCGGAAACGCGCGUGUUCCUGGAAGUGCGGAGACGGCUGCAGAGCGCGCUGCUGAUCCUGGGAGAGCCAGAUGAAGGAGGAGGGAUGCAGCUGGACUUCACUGUGACUCCGGCCUCGCUCUUGCUGAGAACCCCUGACCGCUGCACCGAGAUCCGGCUUCCAGCAGGGGUCAGGCUUGUACCUUCCUCGUGCCGCGGGCUGCAGUAUAUCGGUGGAGAUGGUUUGCACCUGCGCCUGCAGGCCCAGGCCGAAUCUAGCCCACAACUGAUGCCAGUAUUUAAUCGAAGCCUGCAAGCCCAAGCACGGUACACAUUUUACUGCCAGUCCUGCGGCGACGUCACGAUAAAGGACAGGAAGCUCCUCAGGGUGCUCCCUCUGCCGAGUGAGAACUGGGCCGCUCUGGUUGGAGAAUGGUGCUGUCAUCCUGACCCCUUUGCUAAUAAGCCUCUUCACCCUCGAGAAAAUGACUGUUUUCUUGGGGACUCUUUCUUCUUGGUGAAUUUGAGAAGCGAUGUGGAACAGGAACCAAAAGCAAAUACCAAAGUCAUUUGUAAGCGUUGCAAGGUAAUAUUGGGAGAGACCAUAUCAUCAGAAACAACUAAAUUUUACAUGACAGAGAUAAUUAUCCAGCCAUCCGAGGGGAGUUUUCCUAACAUACCAAGGUCCCAGUUUGUUCAGAGUGUUUUUGCCCAGUGUCUGGUGGAACUCUCCUCCACGAGAAGUACUUUCAGGUUCACAGUUCAAGGUCAGGAUGGCAAAGUGUAUAUCUUGCUCUGGAUUUUAAACUCAGACAGUUUGGUGAUUGAACCCCUGAGAAGAUCCGGAUGCGUGAGGAAGUUCCCACUGUUGGAAGAUACAUCGGAAACUGACUCCAGCUCUGCCUGUAAUGCCAUUAAAGUCCUCUACCAGCCCUGCAUCAAAAGCAGGAAUGAAGAGCUUGCCAGCUCGUGGGAAAGUGACAUCAGCGUCCACCCUUUAACUCUGCCCUCCGCCACCUGCUUGGAGCUGCUGUUGAUACUCUCGAGGAGCAAUGCUUCCCUGCCGCUGUCGCUUCGGCAAAUGAAUUCCUUUCAGGUGGCCUUUCUGAAGAUGUAACUGUUGAAGGUGAAGCUUUCUGGUCUACCAGGAGACAGCUGUUCAGCACAGAGCACAGAGAAAGCCAGCAGUCGGUUCUGUGAGCACAGCCUGCCGAGAUGAACAAGAACCAGAGCUGCAUUUAUUCUCUAAGACUUGACUUUGGAUUCCUGCAAAUCCAAGGCUAGAAGGAAAGUUGUAGUAGCAGGUUUUAGGCAGGUUAAGUAUAGAAGUUGCACCUCUACUCCCCACAGAGAGGAAUAUUCAAAUCUGUGCUGUGUCAGCACCACCUGGAAGCAUAUUAGUUAAUGGAAAGCCAUCUGUCCUGUGUGAACCCAGCGAGGGACUUCAUUGGGGAGGGGAAUGCUAACUGCUCUCAAUCCCAGGAAGUAAACUUUUAAGGAGCUCUGGGUUUGUUUAAAGCACAUUUUUAAAAGCUAAAAUGUACAAGUUUUUAUAUCUUAUUCAAAGAAGAUGCUUGCUGGUGUUUGUCGAAUGAGUCAUUAUCCAAUUAAAGUUUUCCUGAGGGUGUAAAA